AUGACGACCACCGGCACAGACUUGCGGAUCAUCUCUUCUUCCACUCUCGGUGGCCUCCACAACGGAACAAACACCCAAGUCUACACCAGCGAUGUCGAAAAAGAAGACAAGAACGUCUGGGCCGGAGAGCUUCACAAGAUCGACGGGUCAUGGUACAUCUACUAUUCCUUCCAGGAACGUCCAUGGGUCGUCAAAGGCGGUGCUGACCCCCUCGAUGAGUAUCCCGACCCGCCCGUAAAGCUCUCAGACUACUUUGGUAUCGACGGCACCAUCCUCAAGUACUCCGAUAAAAACUAUUUCGUUUGGUCCUGCCACACCGACAGCCCCUCCGCCGACUCAAUCUGCAUCUGUCGCCUCACAAGCCCUACCACCCUUGACUGGGCCAAUACUGGUGUCAUUUCUUACCCUCGGGACGAGUGGGAACAGGAAGGGGGUUCGUCGAUCAACGAAGCCCCGUCAGCUCUGUAUUGGGAGGGGGAGACGUACUUGACAUUCUCGGCAAGUCACUGCAAGAGUGCGGGAUAUAGCCUUGGUUUACUUCAUCUCACCGGUGAUAACCCACUCGACUUCGACUCGUGGACCAAGACUGGUCCAGUGUUCACGUCUGGUAACGGCGAGUAUGGCCCAGGCCACAACGGCGUCUUUGCCUCUCCUGAUGGUACCGAGCUGUGGCAUGUCUAUCAUGCUGUUACGAAUUCUGCCGGGUCUUGUGGUCAAGCAGCUCGUCAGACAUUCGCUCAGCAGAUCGACCUCUCGCAAUUCUCGACCAAAGGACCGAUCUUCGGGACUCCAAUCGGCAAAGGAGAAGUCGUCAAUGGACCCUCUGGCGAAUAAAUGGAGCAGAUUGGUGGACGCCCGUGCGGGUUGCGUUCUCCCUCGUCUAUAAUUGUCUAUUGUCGACUUUUUGUUCGUUUGUUUGCG